AUGCCUGAGGGAAUAAGUCCCCAGAAAAUGACAGAGACAUUGAAUGUCAUAGUCAAUGACGGAUCAAGCGUAGGCGCUUACACACUUGAUCUGAUUGCGCCUCCGAAGUUGACUUCGGAGAUCACUCAGUUGCUAACUCUUGAACAUAAAAUGUUCCUGCGUGAUCUGCGUAGUGGCAAAGUCAAGCAGAUCUGUGCUCUCGUCGCUGACGACGAGUGUGUAGUCGACAUAAGGUCAGCAACAGUGUUUACUGAGAACGAGAGAGUUCUCAGUAGUUCAUCUAUGGACGAGAGUGUCCUAGAUGAAAAGACACGAAUUGAGCGAUAUGACUCCCAAUCCUGGGAAUCGCUCAAGAAAAAUCCUCUCUAUGAAGAUUUGGUUGAAUUCAAGGAUGUAUUCCCUGAAAUUGUUCAGUGCGAGGUACCGAAGGAUAAAGGUAUUCGACACGAAGUCGAGCUUAAACCAGGCUCGAAGUACUGUGUCAUGAAGCAGUGGCCACUGCCUCGUGAACAAGUACUUGCGAUCGACAAGUUCUUUGCCGAUCGUUUAGCUGCGGGCCAUGUGAUGGAAUCAACUUCCCCACAUAGCUCUCCGACCUUCUGUGUGCGAAAAGCAACAGGAGGGUGGCGGAUAGUGCACGCGUUCAACAAAUUGAACGCUGCAACGGUACUGGCUCAGAAGCCGAUACCGAGGAAGGACGUAAUCAUUGAUGGUAUGUCAAAGAGUACCAUCUUUUCGUCCAUGGAUUUGAUGGAUGGCUUCUAUCCAAUCCUUACGCGAGAACGGGAUAUACCCUAUACCGCAGUUAGCACGCCUAGCGGCAUGCUCUGGAAAUGGCUAGUAAUGCCACAAGGGCUUAGUAAUGCCCUGCCACGUUCAACAGAUGUGUAUCACAUCUGUUGA